AUCCUUUGAAGUGCGCGGACAAUAGCUUGAAGUUCAGUCGAAACAUUCCUAAGUGUUUUUAGGAACGCAACAAUAUAUAAUGUCAUUUGGAAACGCUUCUUUUACGCAUUUGUUCAAGACAUGUGAAUUACAGAACACUACAGAACACUAUAGAAAGGUGUCAUAAAACUGCAUAAAACGUGGUCCGAAUUGGUCCGAAUCGCAUGCUGGAAACGUGGAAACUGCUGGAAACGCUGGUCGACACUUAAUUUAAUAGCUUUCAUAGAACAUGUGCUUAUAGUUUUAGUUUAUAAAAACAUGGAGAAUUUAGAAAAAUCAAUUGAAGAUACCAAGGAUGAAGGUAAUAAUGUCGAAAAAAUCACAUGGAAAGAUUUGGGACUUGUGGACACACUCUGCAAAACAUGCAUAGAUUUAAAGUGGAAGGAACCUACCAGAAUUCAACAGGAAGCUAUUCCUUUGACACUUCAAGGCAAGGAUGUAAUUGGAUUGGCAGAAACUGGAUCUGGAAAAACUGCUGCUUUCGCAUUGCCAAUACUACAAGCAUUACUAGAACAGCCUCAGAGAUACUUUGCACUAAUACUGACCCCAACAAGGGAAUUGGCAUUUCAAAUUUCAGAGCAAUUUGAUGCAUUAGGUUCCAGUAUGGGCGUGAAAACUGUAGUGCUAGUAGGUGGCAUGGACAUGCAUGCACAGGGAAUGAUAUUGGAGAAGAAACCUCACAUCAUCAUUGCUACACCUGGUAGAUUAGUCGACCACUUGGAGAACACAAAGGGCUUCAAUCUACGGCAGUUAAAGUUUCUGGUGAUGGACGAGGCGGAUCGCAUCUUAAACAUGGAUUUUGAGGUGGAGGUCGAUAAAAUUCUCAGAGUGAUCCCGCGAGAAAGAAGGACGUUAUUAUUUUCGGCGACCAUGACUAAGAAAGUGCAGAAGUUGCAACGUGCAUCCCUACGAAAUCCUGUGAGAGUUGAAGUGUCUACCAAGUAUCAGACUGUAGAAAAGCUGCAACAAUAUUAUAUAUUUAUUCCAGUGAAAUUCAAGGACGUGUAUCUCGUACACAUUCUGAAUGAAUUAGCGGGCAACAGUUUUAUGAUAUUUUGUGGGACUUGCAAUAAUACAGUAAGGACUGCCCUGCUGCUACGAAACCUGGGAUUCACGGCAGUUCCUUUGCACGGACAAAUGUCGCAGAACAAGAGGAUCGCCGCGCUUACGAAAUUUAAGGCAAAAAACAGAUCUAUAUUAAUUUCGACGGAUGUUGCUAGCAGAGGACUCGACAUCCCGCAUGUAGAUAUCGUCAUCAAUUUUGAUAUUCCUACGCACAGUAAGGAUUACAUACACAGAGUAGGUAGAACUGCGCGUGCAGGUCGAUCAGGCCGUUCUAUCACAUUUGUUACACAAUACGACGUGGAGCUGUAUCAACGAAUAGAACAGUUGAUAUCGAAACAAUUACCGUUAUAUCCUACAGAAGAGGAGGAAGUAAUGUUGCUGCAAGAAAGAGUGAGCGAGGCGCAACGAAUAGUAAAAAUGGACAUGAAAAACAUCGAAGAGAAUAAAAAGUCGGGCAAACGAAAACGCGGUGGCAACAACGAGGAUGACGACACAGAACAAUCUAUUGGAGUAAGAAAAAGAAUAAAAAUAAAGAGCAAAAGAAAGUGAAGACAUUAAAUUAUGUUAGAUUAUGUUAACAUAAAUUACGAUUAAUUUUGAAAUAGUAAAAUCACUUUUCUAUGA